AUCCAGGCUGGAGUUCAAGCCUUUGUUUCUGUUACAGAGCAGCAAAGUGAAUUUGAGGAGGUUCUUGAUCUAGCAGAAAGGUAUCCAGAGUCUGUCAUGGCAUGUUUUGGGAUUCAUCCGAUUCAGGGCAGUGCAGAUGGACAUCGCAGUGUUACUGUUCAGGACUUGGAACCUGCCCUUCCAUUCUUUGAGAAGCACAAAGAUAAGCUGGUGGCUAUUGGAGAGAUCGGUCUAGACUUCACUCCAUGGUUUGUGUCCACAUCCCAACAACGUGAGGAGCAGCAAAAGGUCUUUGCGUUACAGCUGGAUAUAGCUAAACAACUAGACCUGCCAGUAAACGUUCAUUCUCGUUCGGCUGGGAGACAAACUAUUGCUUUUCUUAAGGAGCAAGGUAUUCGGAACGCACUGCUUCAUAACUUUGCUGGCAGGCCCUCAGUUGCCCUGGAAGGAGUACAAGCUGGCUUUUGUUUUUCUUUUCCUCCAGCUGUCACAAGGAAUGAUCAGCGAGCAAAGUUAAUAAGACAGAUUCCACUAGAGAACAUUUGCUUGGAGACCGACUCACCCUCUCUUGGCCCAAAGAAAGAGGAGAGAAAUGAACCAGAGCAGAUCAGGAUUUCUUGUCAGUACAUUGCUGCAGUGAAAGGAGUAUCAGUAGAAACAGUCUGUGAAGUAACAACAUGUAAUGCCCUGAAGCUGUUCCCUAAAGUUCACCAGCGGUUGAAACAAUGAACACUUGCCAAACAACAAUAAAAAGAGAGCAUCUGAAA